AUGACCCAUUGGAGUACUGAUUGCCAGGUAGAAAGAGAGGUAGAAAAAGAAGAUAAAUUGGGGAUGGAAGUGGGAAAAAGGAGGGUAGGGGCUAGAGGGAGUGUUGUUGCAGGGUCAGUGUGGGAGAGCAGGAUGAAGAGUGAUGAAGUGAGAGGGGGGAUCAAGGUGUACAACGCAGAAGAAAAUCCUGAAGAAAAUGGUGGUGGUGCCAGAUUGAAAAAAAGCCCAAUUGGAUGUGGAAAGAGGAAAACUUGGAAAUCUGAGAGCUCUGAGGGGUCAGAUAAUAAGAUCCCAAUUCAGGUGGCAAGAGGGAAGACAGAGACCCUGAGGAGUUCGGGGGAGCAGGGUAAGGAGCAGCGCAAUUUUUCCUCUGAUGGAAUCAAGAAGAGCCCAAUUCACACCAGAAAGAUGAGAUCUGAGAUACAGAAGGGUGGUGAAUCGGAUGGGGGGCAUGAGACGAGUUCAGCACAAUUGAGGAAGAGCAAGUCAGAUUCAAUAAAGAAAAAUGCUUCUCCUGGUGGUAGUUCAAUUCAAUUGAGGAAGACGAAAUCCGAGUUGGAUCGAGUUGCUGAUGAACCAACGGAUGAAAAGAUUGAGGUUGAAAGUGGGAAGAACGACGCUGACGAUGAUAAUUGCAUGGAUUUGGAUGAUGUGUGCCAAGAGAAGGCCAUAUCUAGCAGCUCAGAGAAUGUGGUCCAAUGUUCAACAGAAUUGUCGGUUCAAGUUGGCGGUGCUUCAGAUGAAGUUGCAGUUGAUGAAGCAGAUGAAGGAGAUGAAGGAGAGGAGGUGGGGGAAGAGAUUGAGAUUGAGAUGGAGGAGAGAAUUGAUGUGAAGGAAAUUAGUAUUGCAGAAACUAAGAUUGUCAAGGAGCCAGAAAAAAAUGAGGCUGUUGGGGAUGAACAGGACAAGAAGGUUGUUGUGAAUGAACCGGAAAAGAAGGUGGUUGUGAAUGAACCAGAACCAAAGAAGAUUCUGAAGGAACCAGAACAUAAGAAGAUUCCGAAUGAACCAGAACCUAAGAGGAUUGUGAGUGCCCACAUGCGAUUUCAUCACAAAAAUGAAAGAAAGGCAAUUUCUGUUCCUCUUGGUCUGAAGCAAUCUCCUACAGUUAGAAGGAAUUCCACAGUUCACCAAAAUUUCUCCCAAGCUAAUUCAAUUCCAAAGGCGGAAGAAUAUCGCAGCUUUCCACAAACCCAAAGCAAAAUGCAGAGUCUAGUGGAUUUAAUCAUGUGGAGAGACGUUUCAAGAUCAGCAUUUGUUUUUGGAUUUGGGACAUUCAUCAUAGUCUCAUCUUCUUAUGCAAAGGAUAUCAAUCUGAGUCUUAUUUCAGUGACGUCCUAUAUGAGCCUUGUUUAUCUGGCAGUUAUCUUCCUAUAUAGAUCCCUAAUUUGCAGGGGUGUCAUAGAAGUUAAGGACUCAAAUUAUGUAGUGGGAGAAGAAGAUGCAAUUUGGAUGCUAAAAUUGAUCCUUCCUUACUUGAACGAGUUUCUGGCAAAACUCAACGCCCUGUUUUCUGGAGAUCCGGGUACCACAAUAAAGUUGGCAGUUUUGCUCUUUGUUUUGGCCAGAUGUGGCAGCUACAUAACCAUUUGGAAGAUGGCCAAAUUGGGCUUCUUUGGAGUUUUUACUGUACCAAAGAUAUGUUCUUCGUAUUCUGCACAGUUAACUGCGUAUGGAAAUUUUUGGAUUCGUCGAUUCCGUGAUGCUUGGGAUUCAUGCACCCACAAGAAAGCCGUGGCUCUUGGCAUCUUUGGGCUUGUCUGGAAUUUAUCAUCAGUUGUUGCUCGCAUUUGGGCAGUGUUCGUGCUAUUUGUGGCAUUCAGAUACUAUCAACAGCAUUAUUUUGUGAGAGAUGAAUGGGGGGAAGAUGAAGCAGGAUGUGAUGAAACAUGGCAAGAACCUCUUGGAGUUAGACAGAAACAAGGACCUGCAACCAACUUUAGUGAUACAAAUAAAGUAAAGAAAGUUUUCUGA